AUGAACGCCGUCGACGCCACAGAGCGAAGCGACAAACACGACGAAACAGAGCCGCCAUCACUACUGACCAUCAUCCUUGACACCAAUCCGCAUGCCUGGGCAUUACACGAGACAUCAUUGUCAUUGUCAAAGGCAGUCGCGAAUCUGCUGGUCUUCAUCAAUGCACAUCUCGCCAUCAACCACGGGAACAAGGUCGCAGUGCUCGCCAGCCACGCGGAGCGCGCUGAGUUCUUGUAUCCCGCCCCAGCGAGAGUGAAGCAACACCCAACAGCCGCCACUGGCAAUGUCGACACGGGCAAUGAUGACUUGAUCGGCAGCGGAGGCCCAGUCCAGCCACCAGACGAUGCCAACAAGUACAGACCCUUUGCGCAUAUAGAGCAUGCCUUGACCAGCAAUCUGCGGGAGAUGAUGAACAGAACAUCUCCCACUUCGCUCUCUGCACCAAGCACGAUGCUAGCCGGGGCGUUGACGAUGGCCCUUACAUACAUAUCAAAGCAAUCUGCUUCGCUACCAACCGCAAACUCCAGCGCUCAAUUCAAUUACUCUGACCCGUCCUCUGUCGCAGGUGGCACCGACUUGACUGCCGACGGCAGGAAAAAGAAACAUCAUGGAUUGAGGUCAAGGAUCCUGAUUUUGUCUGUGUCAGGCGACUUGGCAGACCAGUAUAUCAGCAUCAUGAACGCCAUGUUUGCGUGUCAACGUAUGAGCGUACCGAUCGACAUCUUGAAACUCGCCGGCGAUACUGUUUUCCUCCAGCAGGCAGCAGAUGCUACGGGCGGGGUCUAUGUCGCGCUCGAUGACAAGACUCGAGCCGGGUUUCUGCAGUAUCUGAUGUUUGCCUAUCUACCAGAUCAGACUGCACGAGCCCACUUGAUUAUGCCUGGCGAAGGUGAAGGAGUCGACUUUCGAGCAGCCUGCUUCUGUCAUCGCAAGGUCGUCGACACGGGCUACGUCUGCUCAAUUUGCUUGAGCAUAUUCUGCGAACCUUUGCACGAUGGCACAUGCCUCACUUGUGGGAGUCAUCUUACCAUGAGCAACUACGGCCAGAAUCCAGUGGUGGUGCCCAAGAAGAAGAAAAAGAAGAAGCGACCACUUGACGGAGCGACACCAGAUAGUCGAGCUGGCACGCCACUUCCAUCCUGA